AUGAAUUUUCUAUACGCACUCAAGAUGAUAGGAUUCGGAAUACUUUCGCUUCUGCCAGGGCAUAUAGACAGCUUGGACUCAGACACUGCAUUGAACACGUGCUUGAACCGGAUGAAUGAGCACAGGAACGUUUACAUGGACUUGGCGAACGAGAUUAGACAGGCGGACCGAGAAAUUUCAAACAUAUACUAUAAAGGCGUAGAUGCGACCGAGAUGGCUUUGCGAAACCAGAUUAUUUUUGACCGAAGAGGCUACGAGUAUUCCAAGCUCAGAAAGCCCAUGCAUGGGAUAAGAGGGUGCGGGCCCCAGGAAGGCCACCACAACCUCGACUUGAGAAAGCAAUACAUGCACAUAAUGGAUAUUAUACGCGGGACCUCGAGAACAAUAAGAAUGUGCUUGGCAGAUUCGAAAGGCGACUAUCUUGCUCGCAAUGUUUUUAAGGAGACCAAAACGGAAAUUAAUAACAUAUAUUACGACAAAUUCAAGUCCGAGUCUGAUUUCUCAGGCCUGAAGUUCAAGUGGACGCCCCCAAUAAGCCAGCUGCACAUGAUCGUUGACAUUGUCAAGCGAGCUACAACCGUAGACAAAACAUACUCGUCAACAUACCGGAUGCUUCAGGAGCUCCCGUCAGCUUCUAUAUGCAGUGAAGACCAGAGGGUGAACCCAAGUGAGCAUGUUAUAGCUUCAAACAACACUAGCAACCUAAGUCUUCCCUUUUCCACGCUGGGAGGAGACGUGCUGAAUUUGAGGAGGUUCAAAGACAUCAUGGUGUCGAAACAAGAGGAGAACCCAGGCUUUCACUUCUUGCAGCAGCAUCUGCAAAAUGUCGUCAACUAUCAAAUUCUGUACAAAAACCCUAUCGGGAAAAGCGUGCCGAUAAACAACUUCAACGAGGAUAGCGCAAAAACCCUCAGGACGUCCCACGUUGCUCUGAGCCGGCAGAUAGAAGACUUGUUAAUGGAUCUUGACCUAGGCAAGUCUUUCAGCAUAAACAAGUAUAUGGAGCUGGUUGAGCAGACGUACACUAUACAGCUAAAUUUGAUUGAGCGGAUGCUUAGCAACUCUGCAUACAUGGCUCUGCGCAACGUAAUAGCCGUGCUGGCGUAUGAGUUUGACAAAGACCAGAUGAUUUUUAGAAGCACUAGAAAUACCACUUCAUAUUAUAAGUCCCAGCUAAUUGCGCUUCUAAAAAUGGCACAGUCCAGAGAAAACGCGAACAUGGAACUGCUUUCGCACAUUUUGGACAUAAAUUUUUCUUUCACCAACAAGAACAAGAUGCUUGUGUUCCACCCAAACACGUUUGCGCCCUCUCCUAAAAUGGCGAUGCAUAUUCUUAACAUGGCAUGGGCUCGGUUUAUAAACAUUGAGUUAGUAAAGAGCACGAGGGAAGUAAAAUACACGAAUAUUUUGAAGAGAAUCGAAGCUAUAAAGCCGAAGGGAGCACACGCAAAUCUUAACGAGCACUUCAGACAGCAGAUGGACAUGAUUACCAGUGAGGCGCUUGAGUUUAUUACAAAGGGCGAGUAUAUUACCUUGCAGCAGCACUUAAUGCAGAUUGAGCUGGUGCGCUCGGAGGUUGAUCUUCUGACGGAGGAAAUAAUGACUGUGCCAGAGUAUACGUCCUGCUUUGCAAAGCAGAAGGUUGAAGGUGAGUCCCCCUUGCUUGAUAUGGGUGUGGCAAGGAACCUGCUUUUGAAGCUGUCCAUUCGGCAGACUCUCAACAACGAGCUCCUGGGAACUGUUUCCAUGAAAAGAGAGGAAUAUAUGAACAACUUGCUGGUAAAAGACUCUACGCGGCUUGACCCCUUUGAGAUGCUGAAGUGCCGACAGCCCGGCGCAGUUAGCAACCUCACAGACACACAGUCCAUUGCAGAAAGAGAAAAGCUAAUUGAAUACAUAAAGAAAAAACUGCCCGAAAAAAUGCCCCAACCUAGCUAUGGACCCCUACCCCAGACGGAAAAUAACGCGCCUAUGUCUUGCCAGGAGAUUCGUAGCCAGUUGAGAAAUUCUGGCAAUCGGCUAAGAAACCAGUAUGCAAUAUAUAAAAAAGAGGCAGCCGUUCAAUACAACGUAAAGAGGGAAAGGCCCCAGGAGAAAAAACCCACCGAAGCCGCAAGAACUUAG